UCAGACUGGAAGUCUGUGAUACUAUUAACGUUACAAUAUUUCUCAGGCGACUGCAGUCAGUGUGUUUUGGAUAGAAAAAGGCUUUAAAUGCGGAUUAACGGACGAGCUAGUCGGAUAGAUUAAUUAGUUAGUAUUUAUAAAACGAUAUCGCACCUUUAUUUGAUAAGCCUUGUAAUAACAGAAAUAAAAUAGUAGAAGAAAGACAGGCCAGGUUCGAUAAGAAAGAGUCCCUCAGAUGUCAAAGAAAUUUUCUUGUAGUGACAGAGAAUGCAGAGUUUGAUAAAGUAAAAGACUAAGAUAAAGGGACAAAUCGAUGUUUUUAUUAUUUAUUUGCUAGAUUAAAAGCUUCAUUUUCUCUGGAUUAGCCACCAGAGCUGCACGGACGAGAUGCGAUCAUAACCGCUAUAUCUAGCGAUUUAUUUAGCAUUUAAAUUUAUGAUCUAAAUAAUCCAGAACAUAUGUUCUUUGCUUAUUAUGUUGAUUAUUUUUAAAUGUGAUAUUUUUAAAGCUGGUUUGUGAGAUCUGUUUGUGUGGGUUAGCAUCAGCUUUAGCAUCUACAUACCAGACGUGUUAAAGAGAUUUAGCAGAUAAAAGAGUAAAAUAUUCAUUGAAAUCUGAACAUUAUUACUAGGAUUUUAUUUAUUGCUUUGAAGUACAGAGUGUCUGUUGAUAGUGCAGUUAUGAAACCUUACUACAUUUGUUCUGCUGAUCACAUCCGAAGACAUUAGCAGGCGAGCUAACACGAAGGACAUCAGGAGGAUUUUACACCAAAACAUUUACUUAUUUAUUUACUCAUUUAUUAAUAACGAAAUAUAGCAAGAGGACGAGUCUUCUAAAUAAAAAGGCUUUCCUUGAGGAGGAAUUGACAGCAGAAGGCAGUAGUAAGGAUCUUCCCCAGCGCUCGCGGCGCUCUUGACCAUCCCAGCGCUCAGCGUGCUGGCUCCUCCCCCUCCCGGCGGCAGCGUGCGCUCUCAGCCGCCCCCGUGCACCCCGCGCUCGCCAGGCCUGCGCGCCCGAGCCCAUGCCCCCAGCUCCACGCGGCCCUCCAACGCCAUGUGUGUCCCGCACACUAUGGAGGCGGGCAAGCACAGCGCCAGCCAGGGGCAGGGCAGUCGCGCUGGGGUCCCCCUGGAGCCGUUCAUUCACCAGGUGGGCGGCCACACCAGCAUGAUGCGUUACGACGACCACACUGUCUGCAAGCCACUCAUCAGCCGUGAGCAACGUUUUUACGAGUCCCUGCCACCGGAGAUGAAGGAGUUCACCCCUGAGUAUAAAGGUGUGGUGCUGGUGUGUUUUGAGGGAGACUCUGAUGGCUACAUCAAUCUGGUGGCAUAUCCAUAUGAAGAGAGCGAGGGGCUGGACCAUGAAGAGCUGUCUGAAAGAGAUCAGCCUCGCCGAAAACACUCUCGCCGUAGCCUCCACCGCUCCAGCAGCGAGCACAAAGAGGACAGACCUGCUCAUGACAGCGAAAGCAAUGACAAUCUGCAGGAGUUGAAGAGUCCUCGUCUGGACCUACAGAUGCAUUCGGAUGUGCCCUUCCAGAUGCUGGACAGCAACAGUGGCCUGAGCUCAGAGAAGAUCAGCCAUAACCCCUGGAGUCUGCGCUGCCACAAACAACAGCUCAGUCGCAUGCGCUCAGAGUCUAAAGACAGGAAACUCUACAAAUUCCUACUGCUGGAGAAUGUAGUCCAUCAUUUCAUCUACCCCUGCAUCUUGGACCUGAAAAUGGGCACCCGGCAGCAUGGUGACGACGCAUCAGAGGAGAAAGCUGCCCGCCAGAUGAAGAAGUGCGAGCAGAGUACAUCUGCCACAUUAGGAGUACGUGUGUGUGGCAUGCAGGUCUACCAGAUGGACACUGGUCACUAUCUAUGCAGGAACAAGUACUAUGGCCGCAGUCUUUCCAUCGAGGGAUUUCGACAUGCACUCUUUCAGUUCAUGCACAACGGGACGCAGCUGCGCAAAGACCUUUUCGAGCCCAUCCUGAGCAAACUAUGCAGCCUGAAGGCUGUGCUGGAGCGUCAGGCCUCGUACCGCUUCUACUCCAGCUCGCUACUCAUCAUAUAUGAGGGCAAGGACCCUGAGUCUGCAGACGCUGGCUGGCAGAGGGCCUCGGAGCCGGAGAAGCUGAGCUGUGUGGAGAGCCCACCGUCCCCAGAGCCCCACACGCCUCCACAGACACUAAGCGUGGAUGUGCGCAUGAUUGACUUCGCCCACAGCACCUUCAAAGGCUUUCGCGAUGACCAAACCGUUCACGAUGGACCUGACCGUGGAUACGUCUUUGGACUAGAGAGCCUCAUCAACAUUUUGCAAGAAAUCCGCGAUGAUAACCAGUAGCUACACCCAGCAUCUUUUCAUAGAGACAAAAAGAUGUUUGUAAAGAUUGCACAUUGACACAAACCUAAAGGUGAGAUUGAACCAUGAGAGAUUGGUGCACACAAGAAAUGAAGGUGACCUCCACCUAUGAAAGGUCUUGUCUCUGUUGUCAAAAGAAAUGGCUCCUGGCCUCCCCUCAUUAGAAGAUGGUUUCAGUUUGUUUUGUCACAUGGAUUCAUCGCCACCAUGUGGUCCGCUGAAGCACUGCAGGAAUGAACUAUGAACUCAGGCUGUGUCAGCUGUCAGGGUCUCUCUUAGAGUGUGACAUUGCUAAAGAGCAUGUCUCUGUGUGUGUGUUUGUGUAAAUGUGAGAAUCUCAAGAAGAAAAAGUCCAGGUCACAUUUUACCCCAAAAUCAAAAAAAGAAAAAUCUUUUAUUGGAUAAACAAAGCCUGUUCUUAGGACCUUUAAGAUUUUUGUGACAUUAAAUUAUAGCCUGAAAGCAUUUCUCCUGCAAAUUUGUCUGAUUAUACAAUUAUACUGAUACUAUUAUCCAGGCACACAUUAUCUAUCAGGAAUUGUAACUUGCAAUUUAAAUGCUGUUUCAUUAUUUGUUCACAUCAUACUGUUUUAAUGAGAAUGAUAGGGAAGAUAUGCUUAGCUAUAAAAAUAAUGUCACUGUACAAAAAAAUCUUAAAGAUUUAAAAAAAAAAAAUCAUCAUUAGUGCUGUCAAAUGAUUAAUCGUGAUUAUUCCUAUCCAAAAAAAGUUUUUGUUUACAG